UGCAAAUGCUUGCUAUCAAGGGGAAGUGAAGUAGCAAAUACCAAGUUGUUUCAAGUUAAGCCUUAUUACAGUUAGUACCAAAUAUGGGACACACAUGGUUGGGUUCAUUAGUGAUUUUUAUGACAAUUUCGGCCGUACAAGCCCAACUCAAAACUGGGUUUUACUCCUCUUCGUGCCCAAACGCAGAAGCCACAGUUCGAUCCACUGUUGAAUCCUACUUCAAUAAAGAUCCUACAAUUGCUCCUGGCCUGCUCCGACUUCAUUUCCAUGAUUGCUUUGUCGAGGGCUGCGAUGGUUCAGUUUUGAUUUCAGGCUCUUCUGCGGAGAGGAAUGCGUUGGCAAACACUGGUCUAAGAGGUUUUGAAGUGAUUGAGGAUGCAAAAUCACAACUUGAGGCCAAAUGUCCAGGUGUUGUUUCUUGCGCCGACAUCCUGGCAUUGGCAGCACGUGAUGCUGUGGACUUGAGUGAUGGUCCAAGUUGGUCAGUACCUACUGGAAGAAGAGAUGGGAGGGUUUCUUUAUCCUCUCAGGCCUCAAACUUGCCUUCUCCACUUGACUCUAUUUCUGUCCAAAGGAAAAAAUUUGCUGACAAAGGCAUGGAUGACCACGACCUUGUCACCUUAGUUGGGGCACACACCAUAGGCCAAACAGAAUGCAGAUUCUUCAGUUACCGCUUAUAUAAUUUCACCACCACUGGCAAUUCAGAUCCAACCAUAGACCAAAACUUCUUAGGCCAACUUAAAACCCUGUGUCCCAAUAUAGGAGAUGGCUUGAGAAGGGUAUCUUUGGACAAAGAUAGUCCAGCCAAAUUUGAUGUUAGUUUCUUCAAAAAUGUACGUGAUGGUAAUGCGGUUCUAGAGUCAGACCAAAGGCUGUGGGGAGACUCUAAUACACAAAGCAUAGUGCAGAGUUACGCUGGGAAUAUAAGAGGGUUAUUGGGGAUUAGAUUUGAUUAUGAAUUUCGAAAGGCUAUGGUUAAAUUGGGUGGUGUAGAGGUAAAGACCGGUUCACAAGGAGAGAUUAGAAAGGUGUGCUCAAAAGUUAAUAGAUAUUAAGCAAUUAAGAGUGGGUUAGUAUUUAGCUUGUAAUUUAUCAAUAAUCCUUGACAUAAGUGAUAAUGACUUAUGUCUUUUAAUCAAGCGGUCCAUAAUUUAAAUUAUGAUUGAUCCAUAAGUAUAAAAAAACUCGUUUUAGAAAGAAAAUA